AUGCAGGCGACCAUCAAGCACCUGCAGAAUGCCGUUGACGCUAAGUCAACGACAAUCGGCAUCCUCUCGAAGGCAAGUCGCGAAGGCGGAGAUUUGGAAACGCACAUCACCAACGCAGUCCAGACCAAGUACGCCGCCAUCAUCAAGGCCAAGGACGACGAGAUCAUGAUGCUCGCCAACAAGGCCGCCAAGGCCUCGGAGGCGAGACCGAGCGUCGCCAUGCAGGAGGUCCGAGAAGCCCUCCAGAAGAGCUUGAACGAGUACCGGGACAGGUGCAAAGUCUUGGAGAAGGACAAGAAGGAGCUCACCAAAACGCUAGCGGAGCAGAAAGAGCAGUUGGCCAACGUCGGGAAGGACGCCCAGAACCUGGAGGCGAUGCGAGGCAUGGUCGCCACCUUGGAGGAGGAGCGGGACUGCUUAAAGAGGACGCAGCAGGAGCUUCUGGAGUCGCUGCAGCAGGAGCGGGCCGAGCUGGAGCGGGCGCAGAGCGGCGCGGGCGGGGGCGGGGGCGCCGACCAGGAGGCCAUCGCGCGUCUCGAGGGCGACCUCGCAGAGGCCUGGAAGAAGGUCGAGGAGACCAAGCUCAGGGCCGACGCGGCCGAGCUGCGCGCCUCCCAGGCGGCCUCCGCCAGCGCGGGCGCCGCCGUCGCGGAGCGGCGAGUUGAGGAGGAAAAGAAGAAGGCCAGUGAGAUGGCGUCUCAGAUGCGGGACUACCAGAUGAAGGCGUUCGAGCUCAAGUCGGAGAACGACGCCCUGGCCCAGCAGCUCGAGGCCCUCCAGGAGGAGAUGACUCAGGAGCUGGAGGAGAAGAGCAGAGAGCUCGAGGAGACGCAGAAAGAGUUGAGUGUUCUGCAGGCAGAUCGUGAUGGUCACCUGCGCAUUGCGAAGGAGCAGAUCGACUCCAGGUUGCAGGAAGUGCGACAGAAUACACAGGCCGAACUGCAGAGCCAGCUGGCCGAGCAGGCCAAGGAGAGGCAGGAGGAGCAACGGCAGUUGAAGGAGCUGAGCGACGAGGUGGACAAGCUCCGGCUGACGCGCGACGCGCAGCUGGCCGAGCUCAAGGCGCUGAGACAGGCGGUGGGCGACACAGACUCCCGAGACCAGGCGCGCGGCGCGCCGCGCGCGCUGCGUUCCCCCCCGCCCCCCAGCACUGGGUAUAUAGUGCAGAGGAGCUGCAGCAUCCCGUGCCGGGCAGCGGCAAGCUGUGUCGUCGCGAGGUGA